AUGCAAGCACGUGGUGCACCGGUUCCACCGAUCAAGGGUAUACCCAUUCUCUUGCUCGCAGGCGAAACAGUGAGCGAAGAAGACGAUGCCUUCGUUCAUUGGGUGCACUAUGUGCGUCGCCUCAGCAACAUUGUUGCUCUAAAGGCUAGUGUCCAUGCGGCGGAUGUGCGUCUCGAACGCAAGCUUCGGUAUGGUUAUGCCGAGCUUAAGGCCAGAGGCCAAUUGCGCAAGCGCACGCGCUAUGCUUCGGCUAAUAAGGUAGCCGCGAGUGCUGGUCAGUCUUGGGCCAACAACCCGCCAACCCGCACCACUAGUGGUGGGUAA